CAAAAUGCAGGCUCCUAGAAGGGCAAUCAACUUGAUCAAGUACCUAGUGUUGAUGCUAUCGUUCAUGUGCGUUGUUAUUGAAAUCAUCCAAAUUGUUGUCGGUGCCGUUCUCCAUCGUCUAUUCUCUGUGUACACGGUGUUUCUGGACAAUGAUUUCGAGCGUCUUACGCACUUCCUGAUAGCGGUCGGUAUCGUGCUGGUGUUUUUGUCCAUCUUCGGUCUUGUGGGAACAAUAUUCGAAAAUAAGGCCAUGAUCUUUCUGUACGCGGGGAUUUACAGUGUGAUCGUUAUUUUGGAAAUAUUGAUCGCUGUGACUGCGUCUUCGAUGACUAAUCGCGUGGACCGCAUGUUGAGCCGUCGGAUGGACAACGUUCUGCAGAGCUUCCACGCGGACUCGUUUAUGCGCGCCAGUUUCAAUCACAUGCAAAAUGAGAUGAACUGCUGCGGAAUCCAGACGUAUAGUGAUUGGUUUGAGUUUCACCCGGGCCAGAAUCUGCCCAACUCAUGCUGCAGUGCAUCCGGCCCAUGGACGGAAGGUUACGGCAAUUGCAUUCCUCACGAGCGCGGAUGUUUCGGGCCGAUGUCGGAUUUCGUUACAUCGCGUAUACAAAUGGUGGCGACCGGCACAAUCGUCAUUAUUGUAUUUCAGGUCGUUUGCAUCAUCAGCGCUAUCGUAAUGGGAUUCCGUUUGAUGCGGUACCAGCAGACAGGUUUAUCAGGACACAGCCCUGCCUCAGUUAUGCCGGAACCAAUAUUAACCGAGAAACCAAAAUUUUGA